UCAGCAACACCUGAACGCUGCUCAUCAGUCCGCUCUGACGGGUUGCCACAUGUGCUCCGCCUUCUGCAACAACUUAUUUAAAGACUUUAAGAGGGGAAAUAGGACACAGUGUUCAUAACUAAAAGCUGAUAAGCAGCAGUUUGAAUCCCAGGAGGGUGGACCCUACGACCAGAUCUAAUUACUUUCAAAAUGAGCCAGAGCCCACUGAUCGGCAGCAUUCUGAACUUUUUAUCCCUCUGUGUUCCUGUCCUGGCCCUCACCCUGGGCCCCAGCAGUGCCUUACCAAGGACAGACACGCCUGUGCCUCCAGGCCACCACUUUAUGUUUAUGUGGAAUGCCCCAACUGAGCUUUGUGAAAGCCGCUUCGGAAUACGUCUCGACCUCUCCUACUUCAGUUUGGUCAGCAGCACACUAAAAUCUGCAACCAAUCAGAGCAUUUCCAUAUUCUAUACCGAUCGCUUUGGCCUCUUCCCCUACGUAGAUGAAGACACGGGAGAGAUGUACGAUGAUGGUCUCCCACAGCUGGUGGACCUGAAGGAGCAUCGUGAGUUAGCUGAAGACGACAUUGAGUACUACAUCCCCCUGAACCAAUCAGGACUUGCUGUGCUUGACUUUGAAGAAUGGAGGCCACAAUGGAUCCGAAAUUGGGGAAGCAAAGACAUCUACCGAGAAAUUUCUAUUGAACUGGUCAAGAAGAAAAAUUCAUCUCUGUCAGACGAUGAGGCAGAAGAACGGGCAAAAGUUUUGUUCCAACGUGCAGCCAAAAAAUACUUUCUCCGAUCCAUCAGACUUGGCAAACGGCUGAGGCCAAACAGACUUUGGGGUUAUUACUUAUACCCUGACUGCUACAACUAUGACUACAACCAUGAUAUGGCAGGCUUCACUGGAGAAUGCCCUCCUAUUGAGAAGUCAAGGAACGAUGAACUGCUCUGGCUUUGGACGGAGUCCACUGCUCUCUUCCCAUCAAUCUAUCUGGAGCUGGUGCUGAGAGAUACCCAGCAGGCCCGCAUGUUUGUACGCCAUCGUAUCCAGGAGGCCAUGAGGGUCUCAGUUUUGCCCAACAGCUCCUACUCUAUUCCCAUCUAUGCCUACAUAAGGCCUGUGUAUAAGGACAGCUUUGAUGAUUACAUGUCAGAGUUUGACCUUGUAAAUACCAUUGGAGAAGCUGCCGCCCUUGGAGCUGCUGGUGUUGUUUCCUGGGGAGACAUGAAUGUCACAGACACAGAGGACUCGUGCGUCGAUGCUCUGAAUCACUUAGACCGCGUCAUGAACCCAUACAUCCUCAACGUGUCCACGGCAACGCGUCUGUGCAGCGAGGCUCUUUGCCAGAGCCAGGGUCGCUGUGUGCGAAAGAACUGGGACGAUGAUGUCUACCUUCAUCUCGACGCACGCCGUUUCACAAUCGAGCGGCGCUCCCAGCGAGGUCCGCUCACUGUGAGAGGAGGCCUGUCACAGGACGACAUCAACUAUUUUAACCGUAGCUUCAACUGUAUGUGCUACAGCGAGGCGCCGUGCCACUCUGUCCUCACUUUGAACGUCAUCUCUGGAGCGGUGGUCAACCCGAGGAGUGGGACCGCCGACCGGAUUUACUCCUUUAUGUUGCUGAUUACGCUAAUAUGUCUGAGGUUUGUCAUAAUGUGAAUUCAUGUUUAGCAUAAACCUCACAGAACAACCCUGUUCAGUCUCAAACAGUAAGGGGAAAGAUAUGUGUUGGUAAGUUUUAAAAGAAAAUCUGUAAAUUUACACAUAUUAUUAUAUGUAUGGUUUGAUAACAGAAAGUAUAUGCUUCAACUAGCAAAAUGUGCUAGGACAAAAAAAAUAACCCCAUUGUUAUAUUUUACUCUUUAUACUAUUGUUCUUUGCAUGAAAAACAGCUAACACUGCUUUUUACAUAAAUAUGUGUUACUUUAUGAAAAGAGUUGCUCCUUCCCACUAUCGCCACAUACUUUCUCAGGAGAAAUUUGACUGUAUUGUAUCAUAACUAGGAUAGAAUUGGACUGUAUAUAAUUGGAUUUGUAUCUAAUUAGACUGAACUGAAGUGACUGAAUAAUUUAAUAGAUGGGUGUGAACUGGAUCUGUCCUUGUGGGAAUGGAUGAGCAUCAUACCUUUGACACCUGAUCAGUGCUGUGAAACUGUGCUGCAUGAAUAAACUGAAUAAACUUG